UUACCUACUGCGUUUGGUCACUAACUCCCUUCCCCACCAUCUCCUUCUUCCAAUAUGUCCAACAAUGUCGAAAACACACACUUUCCCAUAUCUACUUCCUAAACAUCGAUUUAAUAAUACAUUCUUCAUCACUCUGUCCACUGCCCACCGAUAAAUUACUCUUUUGUUAUUCCCUGAAAACCACCAGCAAUUGUACUUAUCACUUUUGAUGCACAAAAUCAACAUACAUGCUGCUGUCUCCACCUCCAGCUCACCCAUGUCCAAAGCAGGAAUCACCCUUUCCUGAAACAUCAUCUGAAUCAACGAGAGUUUGUUGCAUAAUCUUUUAAUUUUGAUUUUUGCAGCCUUGAUCUCCAAUGGUUGUCAUCUCCACCACCACCACCACCUCAUCCUCAUCCUAUCUUUCACCCUCUCUUUUGAGUUAAUUAUGAUUUUUCAGUCUCGAUCUCCGCUGCAUCGAUUUUGAAAAUUUGGGGGGUUUGUUCAACAACUAGGAGAUCAUUAGUUUGUCUAAUUAGAGGUGUGGAUGGAACUCCCUUCGUGACAUUGUUCCCUGAUGAUGUGUUACAGUGAAGGAAGACGAAGGCUUUAGGUUUGAUCAUGGUGGGUUUCAUAGUUGAUUGCAGAUGGUGAUUCAAGCGAAUAUGUUGGUGAAUCUUGAACCACAACUUCGCAUCUGAAAUCCUCAAAAGUAUGGGGUUAUUGUGGUUUCAUCCGGGUGCAUUUUAUAUAUGAGUGUUCUUGUGUUUAAAGUUGCAGAUAUAGAUAUGGUGAUGAGUUAUCACAAGUUGUUUGGUGAUGGAGCUCUGGGACUAAAAAGUGGAAGAAGACGGUUUGUACAUCGACUAUAGAGAUAAGAGAAGGUUAAGAGUGAGUUUCUCCGAUCUAUCGUUGCUCAAUCCAAACAUGGGGCAAGCGGAGAAAUUGAUGAAUCAGAUUAUGGAACUGAAAUUCACCGCGAAGAGCCUCCAACGCCAGGCAAGGAAGUGCGAAAAAGACGAGAAAACCGAGAAACUCAAAGUCAAGAAGGCAAUCGAGAAAGGAAACAUGGACGGAGCACGAAUUUACGCCGAAAACGCGAUCCGUAAGCGUAAUGAACAGAUGAAUUACCUCCGUUUAGCCUCUCGCCUCGACGCGGUGGUCGCAAGACUUGAUACACAAGCCAAGAUGAAUACGAUCAGCAAGUCGAUGGGGUCGAUCGUCAAGUCUCUUGAGUCAACCCUAGCAACAGGUAAUUUGCAGAAGAUGUCGGAGACGAUGGACCAGUUUGAGCGACAGUUUGUGAAUAUGGAGGUACAGGCAGAGUUCAUGGAGAGCUCGAUGGCCGGUAGCACUUCACUUUCGACUCCUGAAGGAGAAGUUAACAGCUUGAUGCAACAAGUGGCUGAUGAUUAUGGUCUGGAGGUGUCUGUGGGUUUGCCACAACCAGCUGCGCACGCUGUGCCAACAAAGAAUGCCGAGAAGGUUGAUGAAGAUGAUCUGUCUAGGCGUCUUGCAGAACUUAAAGCUCGCGGGUAACUGAAAUUGUCUGAUCAGUAGUAUAUAACUGUCUGCAAUUCCAGAAUAAAUGUGUACAUUUUACUGACUUUAACAUGGUUUUAUGUCUGGCUUUUAUACUGUCUAUUCUAUUAAAAGGUGAUCGAUUGAUAGUAAGAAUAUGAAAUGUUUGUCAACAUUAUAUUAGUUUUUGCUUCUUUA